UAUUCCGUUAUGCUAUGCUUUAUUGAGUCUGAAUAGAUGUUGCUGUGGCAACAAGUCAGCAACUUUGUUAAUUUGUAUGGGAAUACUUGUUUCAACGUAAUUUAAUAUAUUUUAAUAUAUAAGUCCUCAAUUAAUAUAUAGCCUGAGCACUCUUUAAAUAAACUGUCAGUCAUCUAAAGAGAAUGCACCAUGUAUAAAAAUGAAACAAGAUAUUUGAACUACCUGAAGGGCAUUCUGAUUGUCAAUUUAGAUUUGUAUAUAGGGUCUAAUUGACAUUAUAUUCCAGAAGAUAAUAGUUAUGGUAAUUAAAAUUUACUAAUAUCAAAAGAAAAUCUUCUAAUAUGGAUGAUGAACCAUUUUUUUCGCAAGAUGAACUCAAGCCACCACAGCAUGAAAGGUGGGCACCUCUUGGAGCUGCCGCAUCUCCCGAUCCAGUAAUUUUCACGGAACCACAAAGGAUAGGGGGCAGCGAGGAAAAAAUAGAAGUUUUGGAAAAGGAGAAACAAGACCUUCAGCAAUCUUUAUUUUCACUUACUUCACGGUUUGCCCAAAUACAAUUUCGGCUUCAACAGAUUAUAGAGGCUGACCCACAAGAUAAACCUAAAUUACUAGAAGAGUUGGACGCACUUGCAAAUCAAGGAUGUAUUGACAGCAGCGUUGUUUACAGAGUGAAUGAACCAGCGGAUGAUGAAAAAAUAACAGAGGAAAAACAUUUAGAAAAUCAUGAAGAAAUCAUACGCGAGUUGAAGAACCAGUUAGAUGAUCUGGAAAAUUAUGCUUUCAAGCAUGGCUCUGGGGAUGUUCCUCAAUCUGUAAUGCUACAGAAGCAACAGGUCGUAUUGGAUCAGCUCAUAAGCAAGCUGAAUUUGAAUGUAAAUCGGACAGAACUUGCUCAAUCAUCGAUUGAUGACCUCAAAGGUAGAGUCAAUGAUGCAGUUGAUGAAAUUAUAAAUCCUGCCAAGAUCAAGGAAAAAUUAGUUGAUCAUCUCCAGACACAAAUUCAAGAUCUUGAGCGUUUUGUCAAAUUUUUACAAAUUGAGGUUGAAUCAGAAGGAGCACUACCAAAAUCAUCUGGAUCUGUCCCUGGUAACAUGGAUGAUGAUGUAAGGCGAGAGCAAAAAUCACAGAAUUUGGCUUUGCUCAGGCGGGCUUUGAGCAUUCUUCAAGUAUUUGCUAUUACACAACUUGGAUGUGGUACAAAAUCAAUGCAAGCCGAGACAAUUGAGGAGACUAGAAAACUUGGUACUGAUCAUUUGUUGAAAGACCUGAAAAAAGCGGUCAGUGCUGUGAAAGGAUGCAUAACAGCAACCAAUAACUCUGAUAGUGAUGAUUGUGCAUUUGAUUCUGUGAGCACUCGAGAACUAUAUUACGCUGAAUUAGAAGAAAACGAAAAAGCAGCUGUACUUGCAGUGGAUAGUGAAUUGACUCAGGUUGUUCGGAAGCAAUUAUGUCCAGCAAUUAUUAGCUUGCUAGCACAUGGACUAGUUGUAGAUGCAACCAUUUCUACUAGCACCAGUUUGGUCACACCAAUAUCAUGUUUGUUACCGAAAAAGUUAAAUGGCUCUCUGGCCACGACACCUCUUCAUCCUUGGGAGUUGUUCAUUGAAUACUAUGAGGCAAAAAAGGGAGCAGACUUGGCAAGAGCGCCAUCUAGGAUGUUGACACGUUCGUUUGAUCUGGAGCCAUUGGUGUCCAGUGGUGGUGUACACAGGAUAAGCAUCAAACAUUCACUGCUAGAAGCAAUUCAUAUGGUUCUUAAUGAACAUAGUCCUUUGAAGAGGAGCUAUGAUUUGAUGCUGAAAGCACUUAUUUGUCUUGGACUCAACUCUGGUCGCUUAGUUCUAUGGAUCAGAUUAAUAAUGAAAACAUCAUGGUUAAUUGUAAACCACUACACAGAUUUUAGCUAUGUCGCACAAACUGGUUUUGAAGGAGCACUUACUAUUUUGGGCAGACUAGACUCAUGUGUGUUUAACUUGCCUGUGGACUUGGCUGUUAGACCUUUCAAGAAUAUUAGAGACGCCUUUUGAAUCUCUCAUUCGGCUGUAUCUACACCGUUUAUUUGGAUAACUGGAUGCAAAUAUUACAUGUAAUCAGAUAUAGAACGAGAUCUAGUAGUCAUGUUGGAUUAUAAUGACCAAACUGAAGCUGGGCAUUUUAGCAAUACUCAAGAAUUUUACAAUUAUGUGAAAUAUAUAUAUAUAUCGUUUAAUAAGAGGUGCA